UGGUUAAUUGAUAAUGGCUUAGUAUUUUAUAAAAAUGUUUACAAAAAAUUAAUGGCAAAAUAUGUUUGUAAUAAAAAUGGUAUCAAUGGAACUAAUGGGUUGCCACAUUAUGGUUUAAAGUAUGAAAAUAUUGCCAUAGUGACUUUGCAGAAGAUUUUAAUUUUCAUGGGUGACUUAAGCCGUUAUAGAACUAAGCAACUGCAAUCAAAUGAUUUUAGUGAAGCUCAUAAGUACUACUAUGAAGCGUUUACAUUAAUACCUACUAAUGGUGUACCGUUUAAUAAACUAGGAGUCCUUUGUAUUCAAACGCGUAACAAAUUUGAUGCAAUUUACUUUCAAAUGCGUGGUCUCAUGGCUAUUAAUUCCGUAUAUAUUGCAAAGGAAAGGUUAACUAUUAUUUACGAUGAAAUUCGAAAGAAGUACGAAGAGACUGAGUUAUCAUCAUCUCCAAUACAUCAGUAUAAAGAAAAUACUAUGCCUACCAACCGUAAAGAGAUCUGGGUAUAUCCAAAUGGCGUACGGCGUCUCCAUCGUGCAAUAAUAAGUAAAACCAGUAAAGUAACACUUAGUCAAGAAAAUCGUCUUAAUAUUUUGUCAACGGAAGAGUUACUACGUCGUUUUUUAUCUACUUUUAUCUACAUUAAUGGAAAAUUCUAUAAUGGUGUUGAUAUGGACUCCAUAGAGGCGUUUGAACGAAAGCUUUUAGUUCAAUUAAGUAUCUUGCUUAAAAGGAGUCCUUUGGUUAUUUCACGUUCAAAAUUGUUAAAAGUGGUUGCCUUAAAUAUCUUCGUCAUAGAACAUAAUAAAAAUAAGAAAGCAGCUGGACGUGAAAUACGGUAUCAUGCAUUUAAUUUCGCAAAUCAAAUAUUUGGUUCCAUAGUUAAUAGAGCUAAUCAGUUGCUAAUUGACUAUAUUGAGACUGGACAAGCUUUCGAAAAGAAUAAUUUUACGGAUUUAAAUACUUUGUUGCAAUAUAUUAAAAUCUAUACUGAUUGGAUGUCACUUAAUAUUGAUUUAUGGGAACCAAUACGCAAUGAGAAUAUUGUUAUUGAUUCAUGGUUUGAGCUGGAAUCACUUUUCAAAACUCUUUAUCAUUUACAAAAGCAUGAGAUGACAAAGCAUGAAAAUGUUGUUGUAGAAGAAGUUAUAUUGGAUGAAAACAAUUUUCUUGUUGGUUACAUACCAAUAGGUUCAAAACAAACUCAGUAUUACAAAGUGAAUGAUACUCCCCAAGAAACACAAUUUUAUGCACGUAUAAUGAUAAUCUCACAAUUCAGAAGUAUUUUUGAAAAACAUGACAAUUUAUUGAAAUUACCCGAAGAUUUAAGUUUCGAUACGGAAGCUGAUAUAGAUGAUGCUGCAGAAUUGGGUUUCAAAAGUUUAUCUUCAGAUGAAGACGAUGCUACCGAUAGUGACAAUAAUGAAAAUGUUGGCAUAAACAUUUCUAAACAAACAGAGCAUAUGACGCGUUUAACAAAACUUGAUACAAAAAAGAAUGGUCAUGUGCAGAAUGGUUGUAAAAAUUUGGAUGAACUUUUAAAUUUUGUCAAUAAAACAUAUAUUAUAGAAGUGCGUCCAAAAUUUUUACUAUUAGACACCAACUGCUUUAUUGACUGUCUGAAAGAUUUCGUAACUCUUAUUAGUAAUCAUAAUCGUUUUAUAUUGAUCGUACCAUUAACUGUUAUAAAAGAACUCGAUGGUUUAUCCAAGGGUAUUAAAAGGGAAAUGGACAAAAACAUAAAAAGAGAUAGAUUGCAACAUUAUGAUGAUGUGACAACGGCCGCCAAAAAGUCAUUAGAGUUUUUAAAAGCACCGAAAUGUAACGUUAAAUUUGUUACAACGAAGGGAUCUUUUAUACAUUCCUCUUUGUUUGGUUUGGUUGAAGAAGAAAAUAUUUCUAACGAUGAUAAAAUUUUGGCAAGUGCCCUUUCUUUAUGUAAAAAUAUGAGUAUUGAGAAGACUAAACGUAAUAAUUCUUUAAUUCGCACUGAACUGGUGGUUAUUACAACGGAUAGAAACUUACGUGUUAAAGCGCUUGCACGUAAUUUGGCGGUAAGUGGUCUCAGUGAAUUCUUGCUAUGGAUAAAUGGAUGCAGUACAUAGGAUUUAAGUUGGUUAUAACGGGUUAUUCAAGUAUUAAUGUAACGUAUGACGAACAUACACAUUAUCAUCGUGUUAUGCUGGUAUAAAUGCUAUAUUUCUGGCUGUUAGGACCAACUUACAAAACUAAUACAAUGGAUCACGCAAAGUAGCUGUGGUACGGCUUACGAAGUCAAGUGAACCCAUCCAAAUAAUAAAUUUACGAUCACAAAUAUUUGUGAACUCUUUUAGGAAUUUUACUUAUGCAAACGUGAGCAUUUUUUAUUAAUAAAUUUCAUUAACUUUAAAAUCAUUUAAAUCUUCAGUGGAUUUGUUCAUUAAGAUAAAGAUACGUAAUAAAGUUUUUGUGUUAUC